AAUCAGCAGGCGCCCCCUGCCCGGCCCGCCCACUACCCCUCUGGUGACAGAAAGUCGGCCCAGCAGAUGAGGAAGUGGCCGGCAGGCUGGCCUUAGGGACUUCUCUCUGGCCCUAUUCCCUCCGAGCCCUCCAUUACUGCCCGCCUGGCCCCCACUGAAUUCUUAGCCAGGAUGGAAGCUGUUGUGAACUUGUACCAGCAGAUGAUGAAGCAUGCAGAUCCCCGAGUCCAGAACUACCCUCUCAUGGGGUCCCCACUGCUGAUGACUUCUAUUCUCCUGACCUACGUGUACUUUGUCCUCAAACUUGGGCCUCGUAUCAUGGCUAAUCGGAAACCCUUCCAACUCCGAGGCUUCAUGAUUGUCUACAACUUUUCUCUGGUGGCACUCUCCCUCUACAUUGUCUAUGAGUUCCUGAUGUCUGGCUGGCUGAGUACAUAUACCUGGCGCUGUGACCCUGUGGACUAUUCCAACAGUCCUGAGGCACUUCGGAUGGUUCGAGUGGCCUGGCUCUUCCUCUUCUCCAAGUUCAUUGAGCUGAUAGACACGGUGAUCUUUAUUCUCCGGAAGAAAGACGGGCAGGUGACCUUCCUACAUGUCUUCCAUCACUCAGUGCUUCCCUGGAGUUGGUGGUGGGGUGUAAUGGUUGCUCCAGGAGGAAUGGGAUCUUUCCAUGCCAUGAUAAACUCCUCUGUGCAUGUUGUCAUGUACCUGUACUAUGGACUGUCUGCACUUGGCCCUGUGGCUCAGCCCUACCUUUGGUGGAAAAAGUACAUGACAGCCAUUCAGCUGAUCCAGUUUGUCCUGGUCUCACUGCAUAUCUCCCAGUACUACUUCAUGCCCAGCUGUAGCUACCAGUACCCAAUCAUUAUCCACCUCAUCUGGAUGUAUGGCACCAUCUUCUUUGUGCUGUUCUCCAAUUUCUGGUAUCACUCCUACACCAAGGGCAAGCGACUGCCCCGGGCACUUCAACAAAAUGGAGCACCAGGUAUUGCCAAGGUCAAGGCCAACUGAGAAGCAUGGCCUAGGAUAGGCGCCCACCUAAGUGCCUCAGGACUGCACCUUAGGCAGCAUCCACCAAGUGUCCUCCCCACCUACACCUGUGACCAGAGCUCAUAUGGUCAGGACCGAGCAGGAGACUGGUGUACAGGGAGCAGUGUCCGUUCCUCACCCACUUCUCCCAGCCAGCUCCAGGGAUGUGGGCUCACUGCCCUCUGCCACCAGAGUUGGGGGCUAAAAGGGCUGGACACUUAUUUCCCCCUCCCUGUCUUUAACUUGGGAGAGGAACACUCAGGGCUGGCCCCCACCAGGGUCUUGUGGGCUUUUUCCUCACACUGAAGAGAGGUCAGCAAUAAUCUGUCACUAUGGACUCAGGCUCCUUCUUCAGCCCCAUGCAGAAGCAAGAGCUUCUAGGCCAAAGGUCAGGGUGGGCAGGGGGCCUGGGAAUACAGAGUGAGGAGGCUGCAUACUCACUUGUGUCUUAAUUAAAGUGACAGAGGAAACCA